AUGGGUAGCUGUCGAUAUAUUUAUCAUUUCCAAAAGGUGUAUAAACAGGCUGUACUGCAGGCAUGAUAGACGAGAAAACAAAGCGACGAGAUCUGCACAGCAACUGAACGUGAAAUUAGUGACUGACUGACUGUCGCCAGUGUUACAAUAUUAUGCCUAACAAAACGUUCUGUUGUCGUCAACCCGGCAUUAUCGGAGGACAAACAUACUUCAAGAAGAAGCCUUGGCUACACGGAGAACGUGCAAUCAUUUUCAAGGGAUAUCUCGUUCCUGGAGUUGAUGGCAUAACAAAGGUCUUUGUCAAGGUCGGUCGGUACGCAGGCUGGAAUGAGGAAUUUUGCCAAAUAGAAGUGAAAAAAUGUCAGACAGUUCGACGACUGGUUAACAAAUUUAACAAAGGGGAAAUCGCUUCGACCAAGAUUCGAUCCCUAGUUCCUCGAAUGGCAGAAAUGGAAAAAGUUGCCUCCACGACGAAAAUUGAGAGGAAACUAAGAAAGGGUGAAAUGGUUCUUAUCGACGAAGAACGACUGGACAGUUUAUUUCACUACCAAAAUAAGAUUACCGACACGUUCAUGCAUUUCACAUACCACGCCUCUGGCGGACAGGUGGUGGUGUGCGAUUUCAAGGGAGCUAAUUCUGAAAACCAGCUCACAUUGGCCGAUACAGUUGUACAUUCGGCAGACAAACUAUAUGGUGAUUUGGAUAACGGACCAGAUGGAAUGAGAGCCGUGUUCCAAAACCACACAUGCAACGAAGUGUGUAAUGGGUGGUCGAAACCACCCGUUGAGGAAGAGGCCACCACAUCAAAGGUCAAGGUCAUUAAAGAUCGUCCGUUUCUAGAAGAAGACUUCAGGUCCUGGACCGAACACAUGCAAACGAUCAGCACCCACAAAUCUAAUGGCGGACAUUUCGAAGAUGAGUGUCAGCAAAACUAUCGAAACUGGAUAACACGGGCCAUGUUUCGGCAAUCUCCGGACUAUUGCGUACGUCUACCUGCGAAAUAUUUCGAAUAUCCACCUCCAGAAUAUUCCGAACGUUCACCUCCAAUCAGUUCCGAACGCACUCCAUCCCAAUACUGCGAGCUCCCACCGAGUUAUUGGUAAUCAUAUUAAACUGAAUUAACACCAGCCAACCAAAUGUGUGUAUUUGUAAAUAAAAUGUACAUUAUAA